CUACCAACGUUUGGUGAGCAGAUGUUUGCACACCUCAGUGAGGUCUCUGAAGAAAACUGGGACCGAGCACAGGUGGUUGGAGAGGCACUCCAAGGAUCCCUUUGUCAAGGCCUCCAAGCAGCAGCAUUACCGCUGCAGAAGUGCCUUCAAAUUGCUGGAGAUUGAUGAUAAGCUUCAUAUUCUUCGCCCAGGACUUUCUGUUCUGGAUUGUGGAGCAGCUCCUGGUGCUUGGAGUCAGGUUGCUGUAGAGAGGGUUAAUGCCUUAGGUGCUGAUCCUGCUCUCCCCACCGGAUUUGUCCUCGGUGUUGACCUGCUGCGGAUUUCUCCCCUGGAAGGAGCAGUUUUCCUGUCAGAGACUGACAUUGCAGACCCAAACACGCUGAGGACUAUUCAGACCCUGCUCCCUGCAGAGAGGGUGGAUGUCAUCCUGAGUGACAUGGCACCGAACGCGACAGGCAUUAAGGACCUGGAUCACCAGAAGCUGAUCAGCCUGUGUUUGGGCCUUCUCAACCUGUCCCAGAGUAUUUUAAAGCCCAAAGGAACGAUGCUGUGUAAAUUCUGGGAUGGAUCUGAGGCUCGUGUGCUGCAGCACAGGCUGAAGGAGCAGUUCCAAGACGUGAGGACUAUAAAGCCUCAGGCCAGCCGCAAGGACUCUGCGGAAUCUUACUACUUGGCAAGGCUCUACAAAGGGAAAUGAGGGCUCAGAGCUGCAG